UCCUGUGAAACUCCCGGAGAGAGUGUGAGUGAGAGCUGCCGCUGUCUCACCGGCUCCAUGUGAAACCCGUGUUUAUGCAAAGAAAAGCCAGUCGCUUACUGACGAGGAAAUCUUUUGCAUGCUCGAGUUUCAGACAUGAAGACCUGAACGAAUGAAUAAGACUGUUAUUUUCCCCCCUAAACAGUUUAAAUGAUCUCAACUCUUUCACGGAGGACUUUGGGGUGAAACCCUGGGGACGUGUGCGCGGAUUUCGGAGCCCUGAAUUACUCACACAGUGGAUACAGUGAAGAGUUUCCACUGAACUCUGCGCACAGCUGGGCUGAGCUCUGCGCACAGCUGGGCUGAACUCUGAGCACAGCUGGGGCUGGGCUCUUCAGCUUGCAGUGAAGCAGGUGAAGGUGGGACUCGACUCCUGAGCACUCAAGGGUGACCUCGUCCCCGAGUAUGAGCUGUGUGGAAGAAAGAUGGCUCUGACUGGAGUAAGCAGACGAGAAAACAGGACGUCAGGAGUUUUGGGAAGACCGGAUACUGAGGCUGCUCAUUGCUGUGUCUUUCUCCACCCAAUCCUGUGAAUACUGGAGGGAAUUUCCAACAUUCAUGUGUGGCAAAAGUUGUCGCCAUGCUGCCCGGGAUGGUGCGUGUAUUGCAUGCUCUUCUCCCCGUCCUGGUGUUGUGUGGGGUCUCCUCUUCAUCACGCCACUAUCCAGUGUUCCUGCGUAAUGACACGCAAUUCGAGCAUCUGGCUCUUCACCCUGAAUCGGAAGUGGGGCGCAUCUACCUAGGUGCCCGUGAUCGCUUGUUCCGGCUAUCUUCAGAACUGCAGCUGGAAGAGGAGGUGGAGACUGGGCCUGUGAUCGACAGCCGUGACUGUCUGCCUCCGAUCAGUGAGGCCAGCUGCUCGCAGGCACGACUAACCAGCAACCACAACAAGCUGCUGCUUAUUGACCCUUACAGCAAGGUGCUGAUCAGCUGCGGCAGUGUGCACCAAGGCACAUGUCAGAAGCGAGACCUGGAUGCUGUGGGCACCGUGCGCUUUUCAGCCCAGAGGCCUGUAGACACACAGUAUGUGGCAGCCAAUAAGCCUGAGGUUUCUACUGUGGGGCUGGUGGUGGUGCCCCCACACGGAGCGCGACAACCAGUGCUGUACGUGGGCCGUGGCUAUACCAGCAGCCAGCCGCCCAUCUCCACCCGCAACCUGGCCACAGAACCCAUCUUCUCAUACGAAGAAACAGCAAAGCUAACUGUGGUUGGACGGCUUUCAGAAUAUGACCACCACUUUGUGGCAUCCUUUGCACACAAUUCUCACGUCUACUUUCUGUUCUACCGCCGUGAUUUGAAGUCACAGGUGCUUGACUUCCGUUCAUAUGUGUCUCGUUUGUGUCUGGAUGAUAUGGCAUACUAUUCGUAUGUCGAAGUUCCACUAAGCUGCCGCUCAGCAGCCGGGAAGAGCUACAACUUGCUACAGGCCGCUCGACUGGGACUCCCCAAGGCUGGAGAAACUAGAGGGGUAGACGAAGAACUCCUGCUGGGGGUUUUCUCCACGCCUUCUGCUUCGUCCAGCAAGCCCAGCAGUGAGUCAGCCCUGUGCAUGUUCUCCCUGAAGGAACUGGAUAAACGCAUCAACGCCACUCGAGACCUCUGUUACACAAAAUUGGGACGCCAAGAAGGACAGGAAGCUGCCUAUAUAGAGUACGAGGUGAACUCAAACUGCGCCAGUUUGCCACCAACCACUCUAGAAGCCUACCCAUGUGGUUCUGACCACACUCCAAGCCCAAUGGCCAGCCGUGUGCCAGUGGAGGCCGAGCCGAUACUGGACAGUCCAUCUGCUCGUCUAACAGCAGUUGCGAUUAGCGUAAAAGCAGAUCACACCAUUGCUUUUCUGGGAGACUCGAAGGGAAAUUUACACAAGGUGUUUUUGGGUCCUCAUGGUGAGGUGGAAGAAUAUGCCAUUAUUCCCAUUCAGUCCAGUGCAGCAAUCAGCAGCGAGCUGACUCUCGACCAAUCAGAGGAGCAUCUAUACAUCAUGACCAGCACUAUGCUGGAGAAAAGGCCUGUCGCGGAGUGUCACCUGCACCUGGACUGUGAGUCAUGCCUCUCAGCUCGAGACCCUUACUGCGGCUGGUGUGUGCUGGAGGGGAGGUGUGGUCAGCGUGGUGAGUGUGUACGUGGGGAGCAGGCAGACCGGUGGCUGUGGAGUUUUGAUAUGGAGCAGCAGUGUCUGACUGUACAAACCAUCACUCCAUCAAACAUCAGUAGAGAGGAGAGCAUGACAAUCACGUUGUCCAUCCCUGGUCUGCCGAAGCUCGACGAUGGGGAUCCGUAUUCCUGUUUCUUCCAAGACAUUUCCUCUCCCGCCACCGUCACUGAGAAUGGGGUCACCUGCCUCUCACCAGACCCCCAGAAAGUCCCCACUGUGCCACCCAGCCAAGAUUUUCUAACAGUCACACUUUUCUUACGGUUUGGUGAUGUCAUCGUGACCUCUCAGGAAUUCACCUUUUAUGAUUGCAAAGCUGUCAAACAGCUCUCGGGGAGUAUGCCUUGUCAUGGCUGUGCAUCCAGCCAUUGGGGCUGUAACUGGUGUGUACACGAGCAUGUGUGUACCCACAAGACACAGUGUGAGCAAGGGGUCAUCAUUUACAAUGAAAAUUUCAAAGUCCCCACACCCUCCCCUUCUCCAAGUACACCUGUCAGGAUUACGACAGCCGCCCUGAAACAGACACUCCCUACCACCACACCACCUCCUGAACCUCCAACUACAACCACUAAAGCUACCACUCCAACCACUCAAGCUCCAACUACACCAGUGGCAACUACAACCAUUGCACCAGCCACUACUUCCACUCGGACAACGUUGCCCACAUUUCCCGAACCCCCCGUUGCUCCCACCAUCCCCGUGUUGCCAACCCCCCCAACCCAAAUCACGACCACAACUCCCUCAGCCUCCGCGCUGCCUGUUCUGAAGGAGCGUACCUCAGAGGAGAUUCUGCUCGCUUCUGAAACAGAGGCAGAAGCCCUUAGUGAAGCCAAGAGCGUUGUGAUCACCAUCUCCAGUCUGGAUACUGGAAUGGAAACGGAGCCACCACUCAUCAACUCAGCAGCCAAAGACCAGCAGUUGCCAUCAAUGUCGCCAUCACAGACUGGGGUGUUGCUGAUUCCUGAAGAAGUCACACCAUUGGUGGAACCAGUGACCAAUGCUCCAGUUUUACCAAGCAGUCCACAGAUCGUAGAAGAAUUGCCUCCAUUGGCUGAGCCUCCUACUGAAACUCAAAACAUAACACAAUCGGACACUGUGGUAGCAGAAUCUAAACCAGACAUCUUGUACUUAUUGCCUACAGUACCUGCCGUCCUGCCAUCUGAUUUGCCUGUUCGCUCAGAGAAGGAAGCAGAUGAAACUGAAACAGAGGUGCUUCACCUUCCCCUAGAGGAAGUGGGCGUGGAUGAAAAUGACACAACUACAUUUUCAGCAGCAACAGUGCUGUCAGGUGAUGGAGAAGUAUAUCAUGCCUCCCCUGGCUACCCUCAUCUCUUGGAUGUGGAUUCUGAGACAGACUACCACUAUGACAUGGCAGAACUACUGGGAGACGAGGCCUCUUUUGAGAAUCGGGGUUCAUCUGCGUGUCCUUGUGUUGAGAAGGUUCAGGACUCCCCGCUGCUGCCUGUACAGACAAUGAGGAAGAUCAAUCUGUUGGCCCGCAACCUUCACCUCUAUCAGGACCAAGACUUGGAGUAUGAGUGUGUCUUGGUGAUUGAGGGACGGACUGUGGUAGUGGUCGCAUAUGUAGAGAGCGAUGACGUGAACCCUUCUCUCUUCCACAUUACCUGUCAACAACACCAGUAUUCCUACUCAGCCCUGGUGGAAGAGUACAACGCCAUGGUGUAUGUGAAGAGGAGAAACACUUUUCAUGUGGACAGCACUAAUGACCUCUUUGUAACUUUGUAUAACUGUUCGGUGGGCCGAUCAGACUGCAGUCGGUGUCACACAGCAGAUCGGAAGUACAGUUGUGUGUGGUGUGGUGAGAUUCACUCAAGCUGUGUGUACAAAGAGGCGUGCUCAGCGGGCGUCAAGGACACAUGUCCUGCUCCUGUCAUUCAUUCUAUUGAGCCUCUGACGGGGCUGAAGGAGGGAGGCACCACUCUCACCAUCAGUGGCUCCAACUUGGGCCAGAAAGCUUAUGACAUCUUACAGUCAGUCACUGUGGCUGGCAUUUCCUGUACAGUCAUACCAGAACUGUAUGAGAUAUCAUCGAGAAUUGUGUGUACAACAGGAGAGAGCAGAGACGAGAAGUCAGGUCAUGUCUCGGUUGAAGUGUCUGGUGCAGGGCGCAAAGGUCUCUCCAUUCAGACAUUCAGCUAUCAGGAACCAGUGCUGGAAGGGGUGAGGCCCCAGAGAGGACCCCGUGCAGGAGGAACCUCUCUCACCAUCACAGGCAGAAAGUUACUGACCGGGAGAUCCAGUGACAUCAGCGUGCUGCUGGGCGAUGUCCCCUGUGUCAUUGUGUCAGGUGUGCAGGAAGGGAAGAUCGAGUGUGUCACUGGAACCAGCAACCAGACUGGAGAGCACACGUUAAAAGUGCGCUACGGCAACCAUGAGCGCCAUCUCAAUGGCAUCCGCUUUCACUACACCCCAGAUCCUAACAUAACACAAGCCAUGCCCUCGAAAAGCUUCAUGAGCGGUGGUCGCGUGAUCAGCGUAUCUGGCCACAACUUGGACGUAGUCCAGGAGCCACGGAUCCGAGUGGCCCUGACAAGGAAAAGAGGUAGCAGGCGGAGAAGAAGGAGAAAUGGAGGAAGCGUUCUAGCUGUGGGUGUCGAGAAUGGUUUACUGUGGAGACACAAGAGAAUAAUUCCUGAAGUAGACGGUCUAGAAAACACUGGCAAAUAUUUUGAAGAACGGUGUGAGGUGAACACUUCCUCUCUGCUGCUAUGUCGUAGCCCUGGCGUGAGCGCUGAGAUGAUGGGUCAUGUGCAGGUGGAGUUUCUUCUAGAUAAUUUGCACUUCGACUUCAACUCAAUCAGCCAGUCGUCUUUUACCUACGAGCCUGACCCCACACUCAAAAAUUUAGCUGACUUCACUAAGACCUACCAUUACAAACCUGGUUCAGUCAUAUCGGUAGAGGGGCAGAAUCUAAACCUAGCUAUCUCUAAAGAGGAGGUGGUGGCUCUCAUUGGUGAAGGCAUAUGUACGGUUAAAACUCUGACUCUGAACCACCUGUACUGUGAGCCACCGCCCCUGCAGCCCUCCCCCUCUAACAGCCAUGGACGCAAGAGAGAAGGAGCUGAUGCACUCCCAGAGUUCACAGUACAGAUGGGGAAUCUGAACUUUUCUCUGGGUAAAGUGCAGUAUGACACCCUCAGUCAGGCCACCUUUCCUUUGGAGGCUCAGAUCGGGGUUGGAGCAGUGGCUUCUCUCGUCGUUCUUCUCGUUAUCAUCAUUGUUCUCGUUUACAGGAGGAAGAGUAAACAGGCUCUGAGGGAUUACAAGAAAGUUCAAAUUCAGCUGGAAAAUCUAGAGACGAGUGUGAGAGAUCGCUGCAAGAAAGAGUUUACAGACUUGAUGACUGAAAUGAUGGACAUGUCAAGUGAUCUGGUGGGGUCUGGGAUUCCGUUUCUGGAUUAUAAGAUGUACGCUGAGCGCAUCUUUUUCCCGGGUCAUCGCGAGUCGCCACUGCGCAGGGAUCUGGAUGUGCAGGACUGCAGACGGGCCACAGUCGAGCAGGGCCUGGUCCAACUUUCCAACCUGCUCAACAGCAAACUCUUCCUCACCAAGUUUAUCCACACUCUGGAGAGCCAGAGGACGUUCUCUCCCAGAGACCGAGCCUACGUAGCCUCUCUGCUCACUGUAGCCCUACAUGGCAAGCUGGAAUACUUCACUGACAUUCUGAAAACAUUGCUUAAUGACCUAGUGGAGCAAUACGUCGCCAAGAACCCCAAACUCAUGCUCCGAAGAACCGAGACUGUUGUGGAGAAGCUCCUGACCAACUGGAUGUCUAUAUGCCUUUAUUCUUUCCUGAGGGACUCGGCGGGGGAGUGUUUGUACAUGCUUUUUAGAGCCAUAAAGCACCAGGUGGAUAAAGGGCCUGUGGACGCAGUGACCGGCAAAGCCAAAUACACCCUCAAUGAUAGCCGGCUACUCCGAGAAGACCUGGAGUAUCACACACUGACUCUGAACGUGCUGAUGCAGGGAGUAGGAAUGAAUGAGACUCAGCCAGUAGCAGCGAAAGUAUUAGACUGUGACACUAUAACCCAAGUCAAGGAGAAGAUUCUAGACCAGGUCUAUAAGGGAACCUCGUACUCCCAUAGACCGCACACAGAUUCAUUGGACUUGGAAUGGCGUUCAGGCGUCGCAGGUCACCUCAUUCUCUCAGAUGAAGAUCUAACAUCUGUAGCGCAGGGCAACUGGAAACGCCUUAAUACGCUUCAGCAUUACAAGGUUCCUGAUGGAGCUACAGUCGCUCUGGUGCCACGACAUAGCAAACACAUCCACCAUGACAACCAUGACUAUGUGGCAGGAGAGAAGACGCCCAUGCUAGAGGAUGCAGAUGAGGGUGGAGUCAGACUGUGGCAUCUUGUAAAGGCCAGUGAGGAACCUGAACUGCCCAAACACAGAAGAGGCAGUUUGAGAGAAAGAGAGAGGGCCAAGGCCAUACCGGAGAUCUACCUCACACGACUGCUCUCCAUGAAGGGCACGCUGCAGAAGUUUGUUGAUGAUCUGUUCACCGUGAUUCUGAGCACAAGUCGGCCCGUUCCUCUCGCUGUGAAAUACUUCUUUGACCUGCUGGAUGAUCAGGCAACUAAUCACGGCAUCUCGGACCCAGAAACAAUCCAUAUUUGGAAAACCAACAGUCUGCCUCUGCGAUUCUGGAUCAACAUUGUGAAGAACCCUCAGUUCAUCUUUGACGUGCAGGCAUCCGACAACGUGGACGCUGUCCUGUCGGUCAUCGCUCAGACCUUCAUGGAUUCCUGCACCAUUGCUGAGCACAAACUGGGCAGGGAUUCCCCCAUCAACAAGCUGCUGUAUGCCAGAGACAUCCCUCGUUAUAAGCAGAUGGUGGAGAAGUACUACGCUGACAUCAGACAAACCAUCCCCGCUAGUGAUCAGGAGAUGAACUCUGCCUUAGCUGAGCUCUCCAGGAAUUACACCGGAGAGCUGAAUUACCUAGUGGCCCUGCAUGAGCUGUACAAGUAUAUCAACAAAUAUUAUGACCAGAUCAUCACUGCCUUAGAAGAGGACACCACAGCUCAGAAGAUGCAGCUUGGUUAUCGACUUCAACAGAUCGCAGCCGCGGUGGAAAACAAAGUGACAGACUUGUAAUUAAGAGGUCAUGAUGAGUUGAUUGAUAGGAGGGAAAAGAAAUAAGGAGAAGGUGAAUGACAUGGGUUGCACUGAAGAAUGGACCUACUGUAUGUAGUUACUGCAGAGAGUUGUGUAGAAGCAGCAAGUGAGAACCACAGCACUGUGGCUGUUGACUUCAGCGACGGAGUAAACACACUGCCACUUUACAUAGGAAACGAGGACUCUGUGUGUGAUAAGACUACAUAGUUUGUGUCAUUAUUUGAGAGAUUAGUGAAUCGGAGGCUCUUCGGCAUCCUCACAAUGAGGUUCAGGAGGCAGAUCUCUGACGGUCCUUCAGGAGAAAACGAGGAGGGCGUGGACCGCUUUGGUGGGACAUGAGUGAAGUCACUGCAACAGGAACAGCCGCGUUGUCCGUCUCCUCCGCUACUCGAUCAGGUGACUACUGCAAGUUUCCCAACACAAAGAGCGAUUGUGGUCUCGCCAGUUCCAGCCGCUUACACCAUUCAAAGUCAGUCCUGCAAGUUAAUGCAGUUUUGUUCCACGUAGGCAGAUAUAUACUGAGGAGGAACACGAUACCUGUCGAAUUAGAGACAAGUAAGGCUUUAAAAAGCCUGAAAAUGACUUCUACAGGUCAAAAACUAAAUCUGUGCCUCACAGAACAUUUUCUUCUUCCUGCCGUUCUCUACCUCCUCGUGUGUUUCUCUUUCCGAUUCUCUCGACGUCUUUCGUUCUGUGCGUGUUGCCAAUAUCCAGACUGCACCCUUCCAUGCAGCAGUUACUGUGUGUACUAAUAUAAUGAAGUGAGGGUUUUGUCUAUGGUCAUUGUAUUUCUCCUGCCUGUUGGGAGCGAAAGACAAAAUUUUCAUGGUGUAAAACAUCAAUGCGGAAUCUUGUCAUUUUAGAUUAUUAUUUAUUUAACGUGUAACAUGCGUCUUCUGUUUCUUCCACAACUGUAUAUAUCAUCCGUCCAGGUCAUUAAAAGGCGCUCUGAUACUAAAGGAAAAAUGCAGUACAGGCAAAAGCUGUCAGUCAUCUCUAAUCGAGCACUCGGACACAUUUCAACAUUUUGUUUUAAUGUAUUUUCCAUGUAUGGCACUAAAGAAAUAGCUGGUGAUCGCACCACGUUUCACCCCACCCACCACCACAUUUUAAUUCAUUUAUUAUUGUUUCUCGUACUUUUUUCAUUGUAUAAGAAUCACUGGAAGGGCAGUAUGCAGGAACACGACGCUGUAAACGUGUAAGGUGUAAUGACUGAAGUAUGCUCUGUUUUUGGACAUUGUCGGUUCUGCUCUAACAUUCCUUUUAUGUGGUAUGAGAGAAGCUGAUCUCCAAAUAAUUAGCCUUUUAAAAGUAUUUUUGCUUGUGUGGGUGUGUGUGUGACAUGUUCGAUUCAUACUUAAGUAUAGAUUUAAUAUUUUGUUUUGCUGCAUCGCUUCACAUGCACACUAGAUAGAACAUGUUCAGUUUAUGGAGCCGAGUUUUUGGUAACCUUCAGCUUAUCAUUUUCAGCAAGCGCAUUGAUCACUAGCCAUUUUAAUUUUAGUGGAGGUUUUUUUUUUUUUUUUUAACAAAAGCUGAUUAGCAUCCAUCCUGAAACAGAUGCAUAGAAAGGGAGAGAAAACUUCAGGAACACAGUUGAUUUAAAAAGAGGCUAAUAUGCAGAAAUCUGGAACUAAUGAUACAUAAAUGGUUCAAUGGUCCAUUAAAUGUAAGAUACAUGGACCACACAUGUAAUUAGUGGUGUGAUGUAACGUGCAGAAGUUUCAGAAGGAAGUAUAAAGCUGUAACUAUCAUUAGGUUCUGUAAAUUAUGUGUAGACUAGAGCAGGCUCUGUACGUUUUACAAUAUGUUGUUAAUAUCAUCGUAUGUAAUGAUUGUCUUUCGGCUGUAGCUUCUUACCAACAGUAUGUGAAAAAUUUUACAAAUUAUAUGGAGAUUUAAUAAAAUAUUCUAAAUGAA